AUGUCUCACCUGCAAAAAAUGAUCACAAUCACGGUGUCGGAUAAAGGGUUCGGCUUUGAGAACCUGUUCUGGUCGUCCGCAGACGUGCGCGGCGUGACACAGGCUCAUCUACGCGCGAAGGAGGUGCCCGCUGCCGGCAUUCAGUGUUUCUUCAUCUGCACCGGCCACUUCACCUUCCAGCAGUUUGUCGAUGCGCUGCGCGCGGGGAUUCCGGGAAUUUGCGACCGCGUGCCCAUCAAGGCCGGGGAUCGGUGA